CAGAGGUGACCAUUGCAAAACCAACAAAACUAUGAAUACGAAUUUAUUUUUUCAACAAAGCAAAAAAAGAAGAGAGGCUAUUUUAUUGCAUAAAGGGCCAUAAAAAAAAAAUAAAAAAACCGUAGUAUACACGUCUUGUCUGGUUGCCACUGUAACAUAAAAGUGGUAUUAUUUGUGAAAAUGUGAUAGCUCAGGUCCACAUUUCUUGCAACUACAGACUGCACCAGAAACAAUAAGAGGCAAAGAAAAUUUUGGGUGCAUAGUGGAGGCAUGGGGAGGUUGUUUGUGCAGAGUCUUGAGGGGAAGAUCUAUAGCUGCAAGCACUGCCGAACCCACCUAGCUCUUUGUCAGGAUAUAGUUUCCAAGUCUUUCCACAGCAGGCAUGGGAAGGCUUAUCUCUUCAGUAAGGUAGUGAACGUAACCUCCGGAGAGAGAGAAGAGAGAAUGAUGAUGACAGGGUUGCACACUGUUGCCGACAUUUUUUGUGUUGGAUGUGGAUCAAUAGUGGGGUGGAAAUAUGAGACUGCCCACGAAAAGAGCCAGAAGUACAAGGAAGGAAAAUCCGUACUUGAGCGGGUUAAGAUGUCGGGGCCUGACGGGAGCAAUUAUUGGGUCAGUCAUGAAGCACAAGUUGGAAGCAGUGAUGCAGAUGAUGUUUGAUGGUUACCCUUUUUCACAUUCAAUUGUACAUUCUUUGAAUCUCAUCCUUCUUCUUCUUCUUCUACUCAUGUGAAUUAUUAAGCUCUUAAUUCCUCAUUUCGGCAACUAUCUGAACUUGCCUUCAAUAACAUCUAAAUGUAAACAUUUGACUGUGUUCAAAUUCGAUUCAGUUUGCUCUUAAUGUAGCCUCUUUUCAAAAUAAUACAUCUGGUUCCAAAUUAUGUUUGUUCUUAAAA